GGGAGACCUGCUUGUGCCAGGGGCCAGGACUAGCGAUGCUGGGAGGGUCCUCUCCACCCUGUGGGGCUAGGGGCUGCCUUGUGGCCUCCUGCCCUUCCCCUGCAGGGCGGGACCGAUAUGCUGAGUUUUGAGGAGAGAUGGUUCUGAUGUGGUUUUCUGCCCUUGAGAAUAGUCAAGUGGGAUUUAGUGUUCUUGGAGCCGCCGCCAUGGCGCAGACCUUGCAGAUGGAGAUCCCGAACUUCGGCAACAGUAUCCUCGAGUGCCUCAACGAGCAGCGGCUACAGGGCCUUUACUGUGAUGUGUCCGUGGUGGUCAAGGGCCACGCCUUCAAGGCCCAUCGGGCCGUGCUGGCCGCCAGCAGCUCCUAUUUCCGAGACCUGUUCAACAGCAGCCGCAGUGCCGUGGUGGAGCUGCCGGCAGCCGUGCAGCCCCAGUCUUUCCAGCAGAUCCUCAGUUUCUGCUACACGGGCCGGCUGAGCAUGAAUGUGGGCGACCAGUUCCUGCUCAUGUACACGGCCGGCUUCCUACAGAUCCAGGAGAUCAUGGAGAAGGGCACCGAGUUCUUCCUCAAGGUGAGCUCCCCAAGCUGCGACUCCCAGGGCCUACACGCCGAGGAGGCCCCGUGGUCCGAGCCCCAGAGCCCUGUGGCGCAGACGUCGGGCUGGCCAGCCUGUGGCACACCUCUGCCCCUUGUGUCUCGGGUCAAGACGGAGCAGCAGGAGUCGGACUCUGUGCAGUGCACACCUGUGGCCAAGCGGCUGUGGGACAGCAGCCAGAAGGAGGCCGGGGGCAGUGGCAAUGGCAGCCGCAAGAUGGCCAAGUUCUCCACGCCGGACCUGGCCGCCAACCGGCCGCACCAGCAGGCCCCAGUGGUGGCAGCGGCGCAGCCUGCUGGGGUGGCAGCGGCGGUGGCAGCGGCAGCGGCAGCAGCAGGGGCUGGAGCUGGGGCCGGGGCUGGGGCUGGGGCCGGGGCCGGGGCCGGGGCCGGGCAGCCGGCCAGUGGGGCAGUGGGGGCUGUGGUGAGCGGGCCCAGCACAUCAGAACGGACCAGCCCAGGCACCUCGAGCGCCUAUACCAGUGACAGCCCCGGUUCCUACCACAAUGAAGAGGAUGAGGAGGAGGACGGGGGCGAGGAGGGGACAGACGAGCAGUACCGGCAGAUCUGCAACAUGUACACCAUGUACAGCAUGAUGAAUGUCGGCCAGACAGCUGAGAAGGUGGAGGCGCUCCCAGAGCAGGUGGCCCCCGAGUCCCGGAAUCGUAUCCGGGUGCGGCAGGACCUGGCAUCUCUCCCCACUGAGCUCAUCAACCAGAUCGGCAACCGCUGUCACCCCAAGCUCUACGAUGAGGGGGACCCCUCCGAGAAGCUGGAGCUGGUGACAGGCACCAAUGUGUACAUCACACGGGCGCAGCUCAUGAACUGCCACGUCAGCGCGGGCACGCGGCACAAGGUCCUGCUGCGGCGGCUCCUGGCCUCCUUCUUUGACCGGAACACACUGGCCAACAGCUGCGGCACUGGCAUCCGCUCUUCCAGCAACAACCCCAGCCGCAAGCCGCUGGACAGUCGCGUCCUCCACGCUGUCAAGUACUACUGCCAGAACUUCGCCCCCAACUUCAAGGAGAGUGAGAUGAACGCCAUCGCGGCUGACAUGUGCACCAACGCCCGCCGCGUCGUGCGCAAGAGCUGGAUGCCCAAGCUUAAGGUGCUCAAGGCCGAGGGUGACGCCUACACCGCCUUCAUCAGCGAGACGGGCAAGAUAGAGCCGGACAUGAUGGGCGUGGAGCACGGCUUCGAGACAGCCGGCCACGAGGGCGAGGCGGGCCCCUCCGCUGAGGGCCUGCAGUAACCCGUCCCGACCCUCCCCACAGGGCCACACACUCCCCCUCCCGUUAUACCCCUGCCCGCCAUCUUGGUCACGAGCUACUGUCUGUCCCUCCCCAGGACCCGCAGGGGGUGCUGCAUGCUCCCAGCCCUUCUGCCUCCUCUCUCCUACCCCCUUCCCCUAACACGAGCCAGGCCAGGAAAGGACAGAGGAUGCGCAGGGAGAGCAGGUGGCCGAGGUCCGUGCCACCUUCUUUAACACACACUCGUGCACACUUGAGCUCUGGCUCCUCCUCCCCUAACCCCUCACAAUCAUCUCCCCACUCACCAGGCCCACCAUGGGGAGGGGGCCGGCCUGGGGGGCUCAGGAAGGGCCCCUCCCUAGGCCACCCUGCGGAAGCAUUCCUCAGCCUCCGCCCUCACUGCAGCCCCUUGGGACUUGAGGGGGGCCCCCAGGGGUUCUCAGGACCCCUCCUGCCACCUCCCAGUGCUUCCACAUCUCCAAAAGCGCCUUCCUAUCACCCUCGUCUGUCCCUGCGCCUGGGGGCUGGGGUAGGCGAGGCUGUGGGGACUGCCCAUUUUACAGCUGGGGCAACUGAGGCUCAGAGAAAUUGCACAACCAAUCUAAGGCAGCAGGCCCAGUGCCCUUUCUCCUCUCCCUGCCUCUGUUGCUCCCUGUUGGUCCCCCGGGGCCUGAGAGAGGCAAGUCCUAAGGGAGGGGGGCCAUUGGGGGGAGAUGGAGGGUCUCAGAGGCUAGGAGAGGUUUGCAGGGCUGACAGAGCGCUUGUGUGUGUGUGUGUGUGUGUGUGUGUGUGUGUGUGUGUAUAGAAGUUUUGCUUUCAGACAAAUGAAGAUUUAAGAGGCAGUAGGACCAGGGUUGGAACCCAGGGGAGCAGGUUGGGGGCCCCUUCCCUCCAUUCCCUCCACCCCACCCCACCCUGCCCGAUGGCAGGGCUCCAGGCCCCCCACCCCCUGUACAUAAUUUUUAAAACCUUUUUUUAGUGAAUGAACUAUUGAAGUAUAAGAUUCCUUUUAUUUUUCAAAACCAAUGGGACUGUGUCUGAUGUCCCCCCCUCAGCCCGGGGCCCUGGAAGGCAGGCUGGGGUGGGGAGCCGGGGUCAGGCUGAAUGUGUGCACAUGUGUGGGAACGUGCUUCUGUGGUGGGGCCCCAGUCCCAGCUGCCACCUGGGCUCCUGUGGGUCUGCCCAGCUUCUCCCUCCCCUGUCCCUUGUCCUGGCCACAGGGCUACAGCUUAAGGGUGUUCCAGGCCUUGGCCAGUUGGCUUGGCCCAGCUCCUGGGGGCUGGGCAGGGCUGGGCUCACUUCCAUUGUUAGCAGUUGUUUCCAGAAUUUUCUCUCUUAU